AUGACCGACUUUGAACUACAUGUUAUAAAAACUAUACACGGUAAUGUUAAAGUUUAUCUACCAAAAGACGGCAAGUCUGGAAAGAUUGAGAAAGGUUCGAUGAGUGAUACUGAUACUACACAACAACCACCAGAGGAGUUCAAAGAUCUCUCACAUACUUCUUCAGUCGAAGAGAUCGAGAGUCUCUGUAUGAACUGUCACUACGAACAAGGUAUCACCAAGAUUCUACUCACCAAAAUUCCAUUCUUCCGAGAGAUCAUCUUGUUGGCAUUCGAAUGCCCAGAGUGUGGUUUUAAAUCCUCAGAGGUACAAAGUGGAGGUGCAAUCGCUGAUAAAGGUGUUCAUAUAGAAUUGAACUUACAAUCUCGUCAAGAUAUGAAUAGACAAAUCGUAAAGAUGGACUCUGCAACUAUUUCAAUACCUAUUUUAGAUUUUGAAAUCCCACCAUCAACUCAAAGAGGUUGUUUAAAUACUAUUGAAGGAUUCAUUCAACAAUCGAUUGAAGGUUUGAACCAAGCUGCUCGUCUAAAGAGAGAAGACGGAGAUAUCGAAUCAGCAACAAAGAUUGUGGAAUUUGUUACUAAACUUGUAGAUUUGAUGAAUGUAGAGAAACCAUUUACCAUUGUCAUUGAUGAUCCAUCGGGUAACUCUUAUGUGGAGAACCCAAUGGCACCAAAAGCCGAUCCAAAUCUAACAAUUACCAAGUUUGCUAGAACUGCAGAACAAAACGCAAUGUUGGGACUUCAAGAGCAAGUCGUUGCCGAACCACAGUUGACAAACCAACCGUUGGAAGACCGUGAAGUUUUACACCUUCCCAACUCAUGUACUUUCUGCGGGCACAUGGGUGUUAUCAACAUGGUAAUGACUGACAUUCCCUACUUUAAGAAUGUCGUACUCAUGGCUUUCAACUGCGAAGAAUGUGGAUACAAGACAAAUGAAAUCAAGCCGGGUGGUGCUAUCGAGCCGACUGGAAGGAUAUUGACGUUGCGUGUUGAAACAGCAGAGGAUCUCUCGAGAGACGUACUCAAGUCAGAGACUGCUAAUGCCAUCCUCAAGGAGUUGGAUAUUGAGAUCACCCAUGGAUCGCUCGGUGGUAGAUUCACAACGAUCGAAGGUCUUCUCAGUACGAUUCGUGAGGAACUCGAGAAGAAUCCUUUCUUCCGUGGUGACAGUGCAGACGUCACAACUCGUACACGUUACAACGAAAUCAUGGGUACUCUCGAUGCAUACAUUAACGGUGAGAAGAAAUUCACUUUGAUCAUCGACGACCCAGUAUCCAACAGUUACAUUCAAAGUUUAUAUGCACCAGAUCCUGAUCCCAACUUGGAUUCCGAGGAUUACGAGCGUACUUUCGAUCAAAACGAAGAGUUGGGUCUUAACGAUAUCAACACUGAAAACUAUAGAAAUAUUGAUAAAAACGAAGAGGAACAAGAACAAGAAGGAAAAGAAGAGAAACAAGAGGAAAACAAAGAAUUAAAAGAGUCAAAGGUCGUUGAUUGA